UUCCUGAAAGUCACAACAACCGUUGAGCUGCGGUAACGGUAGCUUUCGUGUUUUUGUCGGAAAUCCGUUUUGAUGUAAUUGUUUACGGUUAUUUUCUUCCCUGUUGCGUUACGGUGCUGACGAGGGUUAGCUCAGCAUAGCGUUACGUUACCCACUCAUGCAGGAGGAAAUUAACUCGUGCGGUUUAACAGCAGGUGCACGGGGAUACCACAACACCUGCCGCUACAGGCUGAGUCACUGCUGGUGAGGAGGAAGGUCUGGAGAGGGAACGAGAGAGGAGGUGGAGGAGGUGGUGGAGGAGAAGGGGGAGAAGACGAAGAAAAAAAGGAGGGAUUGGAGGGAGAUAAUCAACAACAGGAAGCAAAACCACACAGCGCUUACACAUACACUCUGCGUGUUUGUGUGUCUGAAAGGGAGACUGCGCGAACGAGAGGGUGAACGGGAAAGGAAGGAAGGGAGGGAGAGUGACGCGGAGGCUGGGAGAGCCGCCCCCCCCCCUCCUCCUCCUCUCCUCUCCUCCUCUCCCUCUCUUUCUCUCCUCUCCUCCCCUCCUCCCUCUCUCUCUCUGUGGAGCAGGCGUGUAGCGGCAUCAGACUCGGCGUGAAGGAACCAUGAGCGAUGUCACCAUCGUUAGAGAGGGAUGGCUCCAGAAACGGGGUGAAUACAUAAAGAACUGGCGGCCACGUUACUUCCUGCUGAAGACAGACGGCUCUUUCAUCGGCUACAAAGAGAAACCUCAGGACGCCGACCUGCCCUACCCCCUAAAUAACUUCUCUGUAGCAAAAUGUCAGCUUAUGAAAACAGAGAGGCCGAAGCCAAACACCUUCAUUAUACGCUGCCUCCAGUGGACCACUGUCAUAGAGAGGACCUUUCACGUGGACUCGCCUGAUGAGAGAGAUGAGUGGACGGAGGCCAUCCAGAUGGUGGCUGACAAGCUCCAGAGACAAGAGGAGGAAAGGAUCCAGUGCAGCCCCACCUCCAACAUCGACAACAUGGUCGAGGAGGAGAUGGACAUCUCCACUACACACCACAAACGAAAGACAAUGAGUGACUUUGAUUACUUGAAGCUUCUCGGAAAGGGAACCUUCGGCAAAGUGAUUCUUGUCCGAGAAAAGGCAAGCGGGAAGUACUACGCAAUGAAAAUCCUCAAAAAAGAAGUCAUCAUAGCCAAGGAUGAGGUGGCUCACACACUCACAGAGAGCAGAGUGCUUAAAAACACCAGACACCCCUUUCUCACUUCAUUGAAGUAUUCAUUCCAGACAAAAGACCGCCUCUGUUUCGUUAUGGAGUAUGUGAACGGAGGAGAGCUGUUUUUCCAUUUGUCCAGAGAGCGGGUGUUCUCAGAGGAGCGCACGCGCUUCUACGGUGCCGAGAUUGUUUCAGCUCUUGACUACCUGCAUUCAGCCAAGAUUGUGUACCGGGACCUCAAGUUGGAAAACUUGAUGCUGGACAAAGACGGUCAUAUCAAGAUCACUGACUUUGGCCUGUGCAAAGAGGGCAUUACAGACGCUGCUACCAUGAAGACCUUCUGUGGCACGCCAGAGUACCUGGCACCUGAGGUCCUGGAAGACAACGACUACGGCCGGGCGGUGGACUGGUGGGGUUUGGGUGUGGUGACAUACGAGAUGAUGUGUGGCCGCCUACCGUUCUACAACCAGGACCAUGAGAAGCUGUUUGAGCUCAUCCUCAUGGAGGACAUCAAGUUCCCGCGCACUCUGUCGGCCGACGCCAAGUCCUUGCUGUCUGGCCUGCUCAUCAAAGACCCAAACAAACGGCUUGGUGGAGGACCAGAUGAUGCUAAAGAAAUAAUGAGACACAGUUACUUCUCUGGUGUUGACUGGCAGGAUGUCUAUGAUAAAAAGAUGGUCCCUCCCUUCAAGCCUCAGGUGACUUCAGAGACCGACACCAGAUACUUUGAUGAGGAGUUUACAGCACAGACAAUUACCAUCACGCCCCCAGAGAAAUUUGACGAGGACGGGAUGGACUGUCUGGACAACGAGAGAAGGCCGCACUUUCCUCAGUUCUCAUACUCUGCCAGUGGGCGGGAAUGAACUGUCCAUCACAUUGACAUCAUCACAGCUGGUCUCUGAGGUCAUCAGUGUGGGACAUAAAGACCCACAGCUAUGGACUGACCCUGAAUGACCCUGAAUUGAAGGGUUUUUUCCUUCCCUCUCUUCCCCCUCCUCUCUUUUUCACCUCUCCAGUCUACCUUUUUUUUUUAUCCCCCUUUAGAGAGAUUUUCUGACUAUAUUUCUCAAUAGUCUUGCACUGCAACCCCAAGAUGAUCUGGACUGUGUUGUGAUCAUUUACUCAGUAAUGUCCCUUUAAAGACAGGAGCAUAACCUCUGGCCUGCUGUGCUUUGACAUGUUGCCAGUCCCCCUCUUAAAGAAAACAACAUUUUUGAUGAAGUGAGGCAGCAACUGAUGCAUAUUUAGGGAGGCAUUUCUGUGGCAUACAGCCAAACUUUAAGUCAUUCAAACCCUAACUGCCGGUAUGGGAUGAAUAUCAGGCUUUACAAACCGACAGAUACUCCUAGAAAUGAUUCUGGGGUUGAUUGGGGCUGCCGGGAAUGGAGGAAACAGUUGUCAUCAGUGAGCAGAACCUUAAACACCUCAUGUUGUCAAGCAGGAUUUGACUCAGGUUUUGCUCAGUGCAAUUCAUUAUUGUUGUUGCUGCUAUUUCAACUACAACUAAUACAGGUACUACUACUGCUACUUCUAUACUACUGCUACUACAACCUGGUGCUAAACUUUUAGCUUAAUGCUGCAGAUCAUCUUACAGGCGCCAGCAACACAUCAAACACCUGUAUUAACAUCUAUGCUUGUACAGCUGCAGAACAAGUGUUGCUCCCAAUGUACAGCUCAUGCAUAUAAGCACUGUAGCGUGACAUGAUGAUAGGGUGUCAUGCAUGUGUGUGGGUUUGUGCUUAAGACUGCACCUCAAAGCAUAGCAGUUCAAGGGGAAUGUAGCUCCUCACCAUAAGCUUUACUUCAUUUUCCACAAUGCAGUGCAAGGUGGUUAAUAUAUCAAUGAAUGAAGAGGUGAAAAUAAGAGGAAAACAGAUAGUUUGAAUGUUCUACCCCAGAGUUUUUUUUAUUUUAUUUACUUCCCCAGUCCCAUUUAAAUGUCUUCUGUCCUAAAAGGAAACGAUACUUUGUGUCAAUGACAGAAAGCUUUACUGUGACAUAUUGUCGUCAUGGCUUUAGAAACCACACAGCUGUACCUCUCUGUCUGUGUGCAGGAAAUAGGAAACUGCAGCAGGAACAGAUUCACCAGAGUGAAAGCAGAAGUCCAGGAUGGCAGGUUGGGCAUUGUAAUGACAGGAGAGAGAGUACAGGUGAUAAAUCUCCAAGAAUGAUAUGAAUUAUUUAUAAUGUGAUAAUUUAAGAUGUACUGAUGAGUGAGGUAACAGCUGAUUUCCUGUUUCCUGUGAGAUUCUUAUGAAGGAUAAAAAAAUACAUUAUUAUUAGGAGGUGAGGUACGCAUCAACAGUUAUUGGUUUACACCAAUUAUGACAAAGGCUAUAUAUAUAUAUGUUCUAUUUAUUGUUCUACUCAUUGGUUUUAUAUUUAACAUUUUCUAUUGUUAUUACAUUAUUACAGAAAACAAAAAAAAUAAUUUCUUAGGGCUGAGAGGAAAAGAAGGCAACCUCAAGAAACAAAAAUGGCUGAAGAAUGUAGGAGGGAAAGCAGAACGCCUUCCUGCUCCAUUGUUCGUUAAAUGUUUUUUUGUGUUGUUUUGUGACCAAAAAUGUGACAGGGGAGAGGUGACAGGACACAUUAAAGACAGGCAGAAUAGAUCACUCUUUUUAUUUAUCAACCAUUUCUUCUUCUUCAACUUUAUUCAAGUACUCCCACAGGUGUUUACCUUGACUGCUGCUAAUUAGAUGUUGACCCCGAUUUCCUCCAUGUUUCCUCUUACUCCAGCAGUGUGGGAGGGAAGACUGAGGGAAAGCUCAGGAAGAAAGACGGGAAGAGGAUGUUGAGCAGAAAGAAACAAGUGUAGCACAGAGGAGUGAAUGUAGUCAGGUAAGGAUUGAAGAGAUUCAGUGCUGAGCUGUAAGUGUAAAUGUUUCCUGUAAGUGAAGAGGAGGUGAAGAGGAGAGAGUUGAACAAGAGCCAUCAUGUGAGGUAGCUCAGUGUUUUCCUGUAAGUUUGGAUAAUAUAUAGAAGAGCAUUUCCCCCCACUAAAUGUAAAGCUGUCUUAAAUGUGUUAUGUCAGUUAUCCACUUUAAACUUUGUCUGUUUGCAUCGUCAUGUCUUCCAGUCAAACCAAAAAGAAUUGAAAAUCCCCUCAAUUUCUCUGUCUUCAAUCGCCAGUAAGCCUUAUGGUUUUAGCGCAGAAUUAUUCAUGAACUUUGACAUCCAGCACUUCAAAAGCCAAAAAAAAGUGAGAAAUGUAUUUUUAAAAUGUGAAUUCUAAAUUGAGUGAAAUCAUGUGAAAAACUUCACCUUCAAUAUCUCCCCGACCCAGAUUAGAAAGAGAGCACCAGGGGAUGUGCUCUUAUUAGAUAGAGGAAAUUGUUCUCCAAUAUAUUUAUUUGAAUGUCUUUAUUAUUAUCAAUGAUGAAUAACUUGAAUUUAUUUUCUAUUUUAUUUAUUUUGUGUCAUUUUGUUCUAAGGGGGUGUAGUGGUGUUUCACUCUGCAGUUUAAGGCGUCAGAUUUUAUUCUUAAAAUAAAUGCCUCCAUUUUUUUUUCUUUGCAGAUAUGUCUCAUACGACACAUUACCUGUUUUUCUGCUGCUCUAAAGUCCAUAUGCUUUACUCUUGCACAUCCAUUAAAAUGCUGUUAGCUUGCAAAGGCGCUUUAUGGCACAGAGUACAAAAGGAUGGCGCUGGCCUGCAUGCUGUAGUCCUCCUCUGUCCGCACUACCAGUCCUGUGUCAAAGUGGCACUCAGAACUCUAAUGAAAAGUACUUCUCUGUGAUCGAUUGAGCCUGUCUGGCACAGCCCAAGCAGCCGAAUCCCACCCAGCUGGCACCCUCGACAGGCUCAAGCAAACGCUCCCAAGUAUUUGGAAGGAUUUCAGCUUUGAUUUGACCCAGGUCUGCGAGUGACUGAGGAGUUCUAGUUGUAUGUGCACGCUUAACGCCAAAAUCAUUAGAAACCAGAGCUCAUAAAAUACCGCUUUGUAGCUUUGGCCACGGCACUUCCACAUCCAUCACUUUUUAUAUGAUUCAUAUAAAACUGAUUCAGCCUUGCUUUAAAGGAAGAUUUUUAGCUUUUUUAUGUUUUUAAGAAAAUGAGGAUUUUUAAAGCACAUCUCCCCUUCUCAUACAUCCAAAAGUUUUGAUGUUGCUCUGAUGGCUACAGUUGGCAAGACCUGUGUGAUUGUGUCCUCACACUAGACGAGUCAGUGCUACCACUGCACAGCUCAGUCAUUGGUCAGUCUACUUAAAGAGAAAUGUUAAGAUGUAUCCGACUCCUUCUCAGCUUCUGUUUUGAAAAGUUUUUAUUUGAGUUAGCCUCCAGCUCCACUUAUUACAUCCUCCUCAACAUUCAAGUUUAUUUACUGGCAGCAACAAUGGUAGAAGCUGAUUCUGAGGUCAUAACCAAGUAAAAAAACAAACAAGUUUUACUCCCAACAAGUGUUAACAGAGAAGCUGAGGCUCAGUCAAUGAAGGUAAAUCCACAUGAAUUAAAUGUAUUAUCAUCAAUCAGUUGUUGGCACAUAGGUCAGUAAUUUACCUCCGUCUCAAACAGUUUGUUUUUUUAUACCGGACUCUGGAGUUCAGUCUUAGCCUUGUCACAGCUUUACUGUUUUGUACUGAUAGUAUGCGAGAUAUCUGACGCAGCACUGACAGAUCUGACUCCAGUAGUAUUUGAAUAAUGUGUAAAUCCUUUCAAAGACCUCAGCUGAUCUGUAUUGAUCUGUGUCAGCCAUAAAACACACGCUGCGCUGAUCGGCUCUGGUGUUUGGAAGGAUUUCUGAAAGUAUUUGACCUCAUGACUGCGACAGAUUUCCUCCCCUCUCUUCACUCUAGACUUGUACCAUCAUUUACAUCAACAAGCAUGAGAUGCAUUUAUUUAAAAGCAGCAAACAAAAAUGGCAAAAAUGUACAAAUAUUACAAAAUGUAACAGAUUUUAUUUCACAUCCAUCUCCUGUAGCUUUACAGUUGUGUAAGACAUUUCUGGACAGAUGCCAGCUGUUCACAGAGUGGGCCAUGUUUCCCUGGAUCACUGUAAAGCCGAGGUAAGCUCUGCAGAGAGGAUGUUGACUCUGAGACAGUGAGGUGAAACCGGGCAGAUCGAUCAAACAUCCCUUUUCUGUCCCUUAUGCUGUUAGGAUGCAGUGCUGCUGGCCAGUGAGGCCGUGAGGAUGUGACAACAACAAAUUACCAUCAACAUGAAGCUGUUUUUUACACUGUACAUCCUUAGUAUUUUUACACAUAAAAUGUAUAUGAUAGGGAUGCACAUUAUUUUCCUUCUUACAGACAGCUUCAAUAAAGCACUAUGUCAAUCUGC